UUCUAUUUACAUUUGUUUGGAAAGAUUGUUGACAUGUUGAGUUUUCAUGGUAAUGUUGAUCAACUGUUUGAUCAUUUUUCUCAGUAUGCUCUGUAUAUUAUGUAUAUAGGUUUGGCUGUUUUUGCUUCUGGGUGGAUUGAGGUUUGGUGUUGGAUUCUUACUGCGGAAAGACAAACUGCUGUUAUUAGAACAAAGUAUGUUCAAGUAAUAUUAAACCAGAACAUGAGUUUUUUCGAUACCUAUGGAAAUAAUGGGGACAUAAUGAAGCAAGUUUUGACUGAUGUUCAAGUUAUUCAAUGUGUUCUCGGUGAAAAGGUUGGAAAUUAUAUUCGCAACAUUGCAAUCUGUCUGGGUGGGCUUGUCAUUGCAUUUGUGAACUGCUGGCAGAUUGCACUUGUAGCAAUAGCAACAGGUCCAGGCAUUGUUGCUGCAGCUGGAAUUUCAAAUGUAUAUCUUCAUAAGUUUGAAGAAUGCCUUCAAGAUGCUUAUGGUCAUGCUGCAACCGUUGCGGAAGAGGCGCUGUCAAACAUUAGGACACUAUACGCAUUUACAAAUGAAGCAUCAGCCAAGCAUUCUUAUGCGUCUUCUCUUCAUGAUACAUUGAAAUAUGGUAUCACCAUAAGCUUUGUUCGAGGACUUGGACUUGGAUUUGCAUAUGGACUUGGAAUGUGCUCUUGUGCUCUGCAACUUUGGGUUGGAAGGUUUUUAGUUACAAGUGGAAAAGCCUGUGGUGCUGAAAUCCUCACUGCCAUCUUUGCUAUAAUUUUAAGUGGCGUUGGGUCGAAUCAGGCUUCUAUAAACCUGGAUUCAUUUGAACAAGGUCGUAUAGCUGCAUACAAACUCUAUGGGGUGAUAAGACACUCAGGUUCUGCUGAUAAUUCAGAUGGAGAUACUCUAGUUUCUGUGCAAGGAAAGAUUGAGUUUCAUAAUGUUUAUUUCAGCUACCCCUCUUGUCCUGGGAUCGCUAUAUUAAGAGGAUUUUUCCUGACUGUCCCUGCCAAAAAAACUAUGGCACUCGUGGGAAGAAGUGGAUCAGGAAGAAGUUGCAUAAUUCCCCUCCUGGAACGCCAUUAUGAUCCUAGCAUGGGUGAGGUUCUUUUGGACGGGGUCAAUACUAAAACCCUGAAGUUAGAAUGGUUCAGAAGCGAAAUAGGCCUUGUGACACAGGAACCAGCUUUAGCAUCUUUAAGCAUAGCUGAUAACAUUUCUUAUGGACGUCCGAAUAUCACUUUAGAUCAAAUUGAGGAAGCAGCUAAAAUAGCAUGUGUACAUGUGUUCAUAAGCUCCCUUGAAAGUGGAUAUGAGACUCAGGUGGGCAAAAGUGGUUUAGCAUUGACAGAUGAACAGAAGAUACGAAUAUCUAUUGCUAGAGCGGUUCUUUUAGACCCUUCAAUUCUUUUGCUUGACGAAGUUACAAGCAGGCUUGAUUUGGAAGCAGAAAGUGCUGUUCAUGAUACAUUACGUAUGCUUACUCUUGGGAGAUCAACAAUCAUGAUCGCUCGGAGAUUAAGUCUUGUAAAAGAUGCUGAUUUGAUUGCUGUGAUGGAGGGUGGUCAGUGUGUUGAAAUGGGUACACAUGAUGAACUGAUUAGCUCACAUGGCCUAUAUACUGAGCUUCUUAGAUGUGAAGAAGUGGUGAAACUUCCUGAAAGGUUGCCAAGUAAGAAUGACAACAGAGAUGACUUGGGUGAUAAGGUAUCGACAGUGGAAAGGAUGAAUAGUCUUGAUAUGAUAUCUAAGGCAAACCAUAAAGACCCAAAAUGUAAAGACUUGGUUUAUUGUAGCAAGCAAGUGGGUGAUAUGGCUCAGUUAAACAAGAAAUACAACAUUAAAAUACAGAGUGAACCAUGUUUAGGGAGACUUGUGAGGCUAAAUCUACCAGAGGGACUGUAUGCAAUUUUAGGAAGUCUAGGGGCUUCAAUAUUUGGAUCCUUUAGACCCGUCCUUGCCUAUGUUGUUGGGCUUAUAGUGACUGCAUACUAUAGAUCCGAUGGAAGCCGUUUUGAUGUUGAUAAAUGGUGCUUGAUAAUUGCAUGUAUGGCGAUAGUUGUUUUAGUAGCCACCGUGUUGCAGCACUUCUACUUUGGAAUCAUGGGAGAAAAAAUGACAGAGAGAAUUAGAAGAAUGAUGUUUUCAGCCAUGCUUCAAAGUGAAGUUGGAUGGUUUGAUAAAGAUGUAAAUUCUUGUGACAACUUGUUGAUGCAUUUGGCAAAUGAUGCCACAUAUGUGCGGGCUGCUUUUAGCAAUCGGCUCUGUAACUUUGUCCAGGACUUUUGUGCUGUGUCCGUUGCUAUAAUUAUUGGGUUCUCUCUGGAAUGGAGAUUGACAUUAGUGGCUAUGGUCAGCAUACCAUUUCUUUCGCUCUCUGCAAUUGCACAGAGAAUGUGGCUUUCUGGGUUCUCAAGGGGAAUUGAGGAGCUUCACAAGAAGGCAUCCAUGGUCCUAGAAGACGUGGUAAGAAACAUCUCCACAGUCAUUGCAUAUUGUGCUGGUAACGAGACUUCAAGACAAUACACUCUUUAUCUACAAAAAGUAUACAAACGAACUUUCUUUCAUGGAAUGUCAGUUGGAUUCUUGCUCGGCUUCUCAAGAUUUCUCCUUUUCGCCAGCAAUGCUGUUUUACUUUGGUACACUGCUAUUUCAGUAAGAAAUGGUUAUAUCGAUCUUCCUUCAGCCCUUAGAGAAUAUAUUGUCUUCACUUUUGCAACAUUUGCCCUGGUGGAACCAUUUGGGCUCACACCUACUGUACACAAAAGACGAAAAAAUCUUGUUGGGGUUUUUGAUAUCAUCGAUCAUGUUCCUGAGAUUGACCCUGAUGAAUCUACUGCACUUAAACCCCUCUGUGCAUAUGGAACUAUUGAAUUUAAAAAGGUCAACUUUUGUUACCCAACAAGUCCAGAAAUCAUGGUGUUGCGGGAUUUUAGCGUUAAUAUUGAUGGAGGUCACACUGUGGGGGUGGUCGGUGUUUCAGGUUCUGGAAAAAGCACUAUACUUUCUUUAAUAUUAAGAUUUUAUGAUCCGGUUUUAGGCCAGAUACUUCUAGAUGGUAAAGAUCUGAAACAUUUUAAUCUAAGAUGGUUAAGGAGCCAACUCGGUUUUGUCCAACAAGAACCAGUACUAUUCUCAACCACCAUUAGAGAAAAUAUCAUAUAUGCAAGACAUAAUGCAAGUGAAACCGAGAUCAAAGAUGCAGCCAGAAUCGCAAACGCCCACCAUUUCAUUAGCAGUUUGCCUAAAGGAUACGAUACAAAAGUUGGUCCUGGUGGAGUGGAACUAACACCUGGACAGAAGCUAAGGAUCGCUAUUGCUCGUGUGGUGCUUAAAAACGCACCCAUUUUGUUACUGGAUGAAGCAGAAGGUACAAUUGAACACGAGUCAAGACGUGUGGUUCAAGAAGCUCUUGAUACACUAUUGAUUGGCAGUAAAACCACGAUUUUAGUUGCACGUAGAGCGUCUAUGAUGAGACGAGUUGAUAAAAUCUUGGUGGUUAAUGGUGGUCAGAUAGUCGAACAAGGGACUCACGAUUCACUUGCAGCAAUGAAGGACGGUGUUUACGCGAAUUUGACACAACCUCGUUUUGUCAAAGGACUUCGGCCUCAUUUUCUUGGUUCAACACGGUAAAAUUUGUACAAAUUGUACGUCAUUCAAUGUUUCUUUACAGCAAAC